AUGCGUUGUGGAACUCUUGAGUUGUUCCUAACCUCUGCCCUUUGGGCUGCUUCUUCUGGUGCCGUGACGCUCUUUGUGGCAGACUCGGGUGGUAACCUAACCACAUUGGCUCUCACUGGCUCUGAUGAAAGCUAUGAUCUAGCUGUCACGUCGAGGACGACCGACUGUCAGGCCAAUCCUUCGUGGCUGACACUCGAUCACCCAAACCGAGUUCUCUACUGCCUCGACCGUGGUGCGAGCACUUCCGUUUCGGGAUCCCUCAACUCCUUCUCCAUCGGAGAGGGCGGAGUCUUGAGCCGUAUUGGGCGUGUUACUGCACCUUUGAGUGGCGUUGCUGGUGAGAUUGUCACCACUGGUAGCGGAGCGCGAGGUUACGUGAGUGCUUCAUACAACCGAAGUGCCGCGGCUGUGUAUGCCCUUGGUGAGAACGGUGCCCUCCCAGGAACCGAGCCUCUCCAGCAAAUCUUCCCAAAUAUCAGCAAUACAGGUCCAAUUCCUUCCCGUCAGGACAGGAGUUACCUUCACCACGUCAUCAUCGACCCCAAGCAAAAGUACAUUGUCAUCCCCGACCUCGGCGGUGACCUGUGCCGUGUCUACACCUACGACAACGACAACGUCGCGCCUAUCAAGCAGGUGGGCGCUCUCAAGGCUGAUGCCGGUACCGGCCCUCGCCAUGGUGUUUUCAGGGUCAUGAAGAAUGGGGAAACCUUCUUCUUCUUCAAUGGCGAGCUUAGCCAGAAGGUGUACUCUUACCGGGUCAAGUACAAGAAGGCUGGUCUGCAGUUCACCAAGGUCUUUGAGAUCCCUGCGAUUGAUGCCAACCUCCCUUCGAACACGGCUCCUACUAGCGAGAUCGCAAUGAGUCCCGAUCAACGAUUCCUGGUUGUUUCAAACCGUGAAAAGUCAUUCGCCAGCUCCCCUAUCAAAGGAUCUGGACCCGAUGACACCUUGUCUACUUUCCGCAUCAAAGAAAGCGGCAAGCUAGAGCGCGUGCAGCUGGCACCGGCCGGCGGUUGGCAGCCCCGUCAAUUCUCGUUCAACAAGGUCGGAGACAAGAUUGCGGUUGGUCUCCAGACUAAUAGAACCGUGGUCAUCUGGAAGCGGGAUCUGAAGUCCGGCAAGAUCAUCCCGGAAGAGGAGGGUGGCAAGCUGGGACAGGUGCAACUUACUGGAUCUGUGGUCGCUACGAUCUGGGAUGAGUAG